GAAGAAUCCGGUGUCGAAUGAAUCUGUACAGUUCAUCCAAACCAGCCGUCAGUGUUCUCCUAUUGGACGAACCGUUAAAGCUGAGAGGCUGAUUUACUCCAACGCAGAGAAGAAAGAGGAAAUGACAGAACUAAUGGGAUCCGCCACAUCCCAGUCCACAACGAACAAGUCCACAUGUGGUGAAACUGACCCACGUCCAGACGCCGGCCCCCCCCAAGUUAAAGUCGUCAGGAUCGCGUCAGUCGUCUUCUUCCCCCAGUGUUAUGUCACCGACAAAACAGAAACGGAAAACACCCAGCUCAUCACAGAGGAGGAAAGAGCAGAAGUCAUCAAAGAGAACGAAAAGAUCCAGGACGCCAUGUCGGAGUCGGAGGCGAGGAUCCAGAUCCAGAUCCAGGUCCAGAUCCAGGUCCAGGAGCCCUUUAAGGAAAAAGAGAUCACGCUCCAGGUCUGAGGGUCGGAGGUCACGGCGGUCGCGCUCACGGUCGGCGUCACUGGGUCGGAAGAGGAAUAAAUACAGCCAGAGAGACCGGUGGAAAAGGGAGCCCAGCCACUCCCCUGUACUCAUCCUCCGCAAAAAUAGAUCCCCCACCUGGAAACACUGCAGCUCCACCAGCAGCCCUCAGCGCAUCAGUGAACUGGAUAAGGAACAGUUGUUAGAAAUUGCCAAAGCCAACGCUGCUGCCAUGUGUGCCAAAGCAGGGAUGCCCAUCCCAGCCAGCCUGAGGUCGUCGGUUCUCCCGCUGGCCCUGCCCACUAUGGCCAUGAACGCCGCCAUGGCCAGUAUGACCGCCGCCACAGUGACCGCAGCCUUGUCUAAUAUUGGGACGUUGUCGUCUCUGCUGCCGCUGCCCUCCAUCACCAACAAGCCUCCGUCUGCUCCUGCUCAGAACGCUGCCUCUGCUCUGGAGGACGUCAAGAAGAAAGUGGAGAAGCAGGCCAACAGCAUCAGCAUCAAAGAGUUCACUGAUAAGUGCAGGAUGAUCGUGGACAGUAAAGGGGAACUCCCGGUGGCGGUGCCUCAUGUGUCGGAUGAGGAGGAUGAUGGGAAACCGUUUGGAGGAUCAGCUCUCCGAGAGCAGAAAGCUAUCAGCUUCAGCAUUAAUAAUCUGGCUGUUCGUCCGGUGGUGCGUAGUGAUGCAGGAAUAGCCAAGGAGUUCCCAGUGUCUUCAGGAUCGCAACAUCGCAAGAAGGAGGGCGAGGCCUUGGGCGCUUACGGAGAAUGGGUUCCCAUUGGAAAAACUGCGGACAAAGCUCCAUGUUCGUCCAGAAAAGCCCCGCCCGCGGCUCCUGUCGCUUCAGCCAACUCGGCAUCAGGGGAAACGGAAACGGCAGCGGGGUCAGUGACGCCCGUGGAACCGCCGGGGUCGGGCCCAAAUAAUGACAGUGUUUUCCCUGAUCCGCCGCUGCAGCAUGUUGAUAUCUCCCAAGCUGUAACUGAGAGGAUCCGAGCUCAGAGGCGUUUGGCUGAAAACCCCUAUGACGUUAGUGCCAUCUGUAUGCUCAGCAGAGCACAAGAGCAGGUGGAUGCUUGGGCCCAGUCCAAUACGGUCCCGGGCCUUUUCACUGGGUCGACUGGAGCCCAGGUCCUCAGUUCAGAGGAGCUGUCCAUGAGUGGACCACAAGCCUGGCUGAAGAAGGACCAGUUCCUUCGGGCUGCUCCGGUGUCAGGGGGGGUCGGAGAGUUCUUGAUGAGAAAGAUGGGUUGGAGGACCGGAGAGGGCCUGGGGCGGAAUCGUGAGGGCACCGUGGAGCCAAUCAUCAUUGACUUCAAAGUUGACCGCAAAGGGUUAGUGGCAGAAGGAGAGAAGCCCCAGAAGCAGACGGGAGGACUGGUGGUAACAAAGGAUCUAAUGGGAAAACACCCAGUGUCUGCGCUCAUUGAGUUGUGUAAUAAGAGGAGGAUCAUGCAGCCAGACUUCGUCAUGGUUCACCACAGCGGACCAGACCACCGCAAGAACUUCCUCUUCAAGGUCACAGUGAAUGGUGUGGACUACCAACCACAGACGGCUAGUCCUAAUAAAAAACAUGCCAAGGCCAUGGCAGCGACUGUUGCCCUGCAGGCUCUGGGAGAGGUUCCUGUUGAUGGUCCAGGACUUUACACUGGCCCUGUUUUCACUGCUGCCUCCACUGGGCCCCUGUUCUCCACGUAGAAACACUAGGACGGGAGUAUUUUCACUGUCAAGCUGUCCGACACUUAGAGAAAGGCUUUUUUUGGUACAAUUAAAUAAAAGCUCUAUUAUUUACACUCAGGUGACUUAAAUAUAGUCCAUUAUACAACACCCCUCCUUCCUUCUCCUACAGAUUUUUUUUUUUCUAAAUCUAAAAAUCCAUGACAAACUGGUGAAUACCAUCCAGGUCGUAGGUUUUUUGCAGUUUUUCCAUAAUAUCAGAUGUGGACGACAUAUAUGUAGGUAUAUAUUUAUUUAAGUGUAAUAGUGUUUGAGACAUAUUUUAACGGACCGUAUUUGAGUCUAACUCGAGACUUAAUGUAUUUCUGUGCAUUUUCAUUAUUAACUUAAACAAACCAGAGCUGAAUUGGGCUGUCAAAUAAAGAUUUAUAUUGUAAAUAAUA